AUGCUACGUAGCCUUAAACCAGUCACUGCCUUCGCCUUAAAAAGAUCCUUGCUUAGUAUAAAGCAGGUACACGGGACUCAAAGUGUGUUGAGGUCACCGGUUAGAAACUCCUCAAGCAUCAGCAGCGCAGACGAGGACCCUAACUUGCCAUGGUACUUGAGGACGGAAACAAAAGUGGCUAAACCCAUUGAAAUGCCCGAAUUACCUGAAAGCUCUCCUCAAAAACUACAUGAACUUGUCAAGUACUUUAUAAAGGAUCUUGGAAUUGAAGAUAUCAAGGUAUUCGAUCUGAGUAUGAACGAAGAAGAGGAAGUUGAUGGGUCAAAGUUUCUUGGGAAGUACAUGGUGAUUGGAACUGGAAAGUCUAAUAAACAUCUCGCCAAAGCUGGUACAGAAAUGAUGAAUUUUCUGAAACACGAGUACGGGACUCCUAGCAGCAAUAUUGAAGGGUUGGUCAAGGACACCCUUUUGAUAAGACAACAGAAAAGAUUGAAAAGAAAAGGUGGAAAGCUAUCCAGCCCUCAAAGUAAUGACUUUGGAGUUAGUGCAAAUUCAUGGAUCAUGAUUGAUACGAAUAUUGAUGACAUUUACGUCCAUUUUUUGACUGAAAAGAGAAGAAAGGAACUAAACUUGGAGUAUCUUUGGUGUAGUGCUGAAGACAGACCAUUGUAUCACCAGGAAGUUGCUACAACUCAAUCGGAUGACAUUUUCAGUGGUAUUAGAAAUUACCACACAUCUUCAAGAACGUCUAGAACUUACGGUGUUUCAAGGCCCCAGCAUUUGCCAAGUUUCACAAGAUCAUAUUCUUCUACACCAAGUAUCAAUGAGCUCGUUCAUUUAUCAGAAUCAGGAAGUUACCAAGAAAUAUCCAAAUUUACUAAUCAUAAUGAUCCUGAGGUGACUCAGCUGAUUUUACUCUCUCACAUAAAUUUUUUUCAGAAUUUGCCCUUGAACAAGGCUAUCGCACACGCUGACGAGCUAUACAAGAGCUUUGAAGCAGCAUUCCCAGCAUUUGAUGCCUCCUCUGAUCACUGGAAAAUCCGUUAUCUAUUUUUGGACAUGAUGCAUAAAGUUGAUAAAUCCAGGUGGUCAUUCUCCAUCAUUGAAAACAAUUUCUACGGAAAAUCCUCCCAUGGACACAGGCUCACUGAAGAGGACUUGAAGUACUUCAUCAAGUCCGUAAUUGAAUCUCCUGAACUUUCGAACAGAUAUUUGGAUCCUAAUUCUAACUACGACCACGAUUCCACGCCUUUCAAAGAUGAAGGGUCUGAAUCAUUCGUUAGUAUUUCUAAUAACAAAUUAGGAAAGAUUGCCAAGUUUAUUCAGCUGUGUUAUCCUGACCUCCCAGAGGGAAAUGUGUUUAAUCAUUUUGAGUCAUGGGAUUCUACGGUACUCCCAUUGCUCUUGACUGUUGUCAGUCAGACCACCCAUGAAAACUUCAUUACUCCUGUAAAGCUGUCAGAAUUAUCAUCACCAAUAGCUAACCACAAACCCGUUCCAUACAACAAGACGCAUCUUGAUGCUCUGCUUGAAGUUAUUCGAGUUUCUCAGCCUAACUUUUUGUUGAACGAUGAGACCAGAAUGAAUUUUAUUUUUAUUCUGACCAUUCUGGCAAACGCUCAUGAGUGGGAGCGAGUGUAUAAACUUUGGGAUGCUGCUUUAGAAAACUCUGUCCCUAUAAAUCCUGGAUCAACGUUCAAACCUGACACCAGACCCUGGGCUUACCUGAUCGAUCUAGUUGCCAAGAUAGGCGACCCUGCCAAUGCGAGAGUGUUCCUACAAAAACGGUGGCCGCAAAUGAUUCACAAUGGUAUUGAUGCCACUGAUCCUAAGAUAGGCACUGCUACUGCCGUGCUCUUGAAGGUAGCAGACCCUGAAAAUGUACUGUUCAAAAACGUAAAAUAG